GAGAAUCUGAUAAUAUUCCUUGUGCACAUUCUUCCAUCAUUUGGUUUGGUCUUAGAAGAGUGAGCAGCUUUCACACUGAGAAAUUCAGAUCAAAGUUUGGUCACCAUGUCUUUUCGGAGGUUUCGGAGCAACCCUAAAACACUGGGGGAUGUUAAUAUGGUGACAGAGGAGCUGAAGAAUCUUUAUUAUAAAAGGCUGCUGCCGAUAGAGAAAUACUAUUCCUUCCAUCAUUUUCACUCUCCGAGCUAUGAGGACGCAGAGUUUGACAACAAACCAAUGGUCCUGGUGAUGGGUCAGUACUCAACAGGAAAGACUACUUUUAUCAGGUAUCUCGUAGAACAAGAUUUUCCUGGCAGCAGAGUUGGGCCAGAGCCAACCACUGACUGCUUCACUGCCCUCAUGCAUGGACAGACGGAAGGAAUCAUCCCAGGCAAUGCCCUCACAGUGGACCCCAAGAAGCCAUUUCGCCACCUCGACCCUUUUGGAAAUGCUUUUCUGAACAGGUUUCAGUGUGUCCAGAUGCCAAAUAAAGUCCUUGAGAGUAUCAGCAUUAUUGACACACCGGGCAUCUUAACUGCUGCUAAAAGAAAACUGAGCCGAGGCUACGACUUCCCAGCAGUGCUGCGCUGGUUCGCAGAGCGUGUGGAUCGAAUCAUCCUGCUGUUUGAUGCACAUAAACUAGAGUUCUCUGAUGAGCUCACUCGGGCCUUUGGGGCCCUGAAUGGCUAUGAGGACAAGUUGCGUGUGGUUCUCAACAAAGCUGACAGGGUGGACUCGCAGCAGCUCAUGAGAGUGUACGGCGCCCUCAUGUGGUCGCUGGGGAAAGUGUUUAAAACCCCCGAGAUCUUGCGGGUUUACAUCGGAUCUUUCUGGUCGGAGCCCAGGCAAAUGUGUGACCACUACCAGCUGAUAGAGCUGGAGGAGGAGGAUCUGUUGGCCGACGUAAGGAACCUGCCGUGCAAUGCUGCAGUACGCAAGCUGAAUGACCUGGUGAAGAGGGCACGCUUAGUGAGGGCUCAUGCCCACAUUAUCAGCUACCUGAAGCAAGAAAUGCCGACAAUCUUUUGCAAAGAAAGCAAGAAGCACAAUCUGAUUUACCAGCUUCCUGUGAUUUUCACCAAGAUCCAACAACAGCAUCGAGUCCCAGCAGGAGACUUCCCUGACUGCACCAGAAUGCAGGAGAAACUUUUGGGCCAAGAUUUCUCCAAGUUCAAGACCCUGAAACCUAGUAUGAUGGCUUCCUUGGACAAACUCCUGACCACUGACAUCGCAAACUUGGUGCCUUUACUUCAACAACAAGAACUGAGGAAGAAAUCCCUCCAUGGUAUGUUGGACGGUGAAUUUUUGGGAACAUUCAGGCCGGAGCAUUACAGGAGAGAUCCUUUCAAGGAACUCAAAAGAGAUGACGAGAGCUGUGAGACUGAUUUCGAGGAGUGGGUGGUAGAGAAAUACAAGCCCAAGUACGAUGAGAUUUUCUACAAUCUCAGUCCAAACGAGGGCAAACUGAGCGGCACCAAAGUCAAAGAGUGGAUGACGACAACCCUCCUGCCCAACUCUGUGCUGGCUCAAAUCUGGAGGCUGUCUGAUGUGGAUGGGGAUGGCAUGCUGGACAAUGAGGAGUUUGCUUUGGCAGUGCACCUUAUUGAGGGAAAACUUGAAGGCCACUGGCUCCCCCGAGAGCUGCCAUCUCACCUUGUGCCACCGUCAAAACGGCUAAGUACAGCCAGCGAUGAAGAGUAAAACAAAACACUGAGAGGAAGCAGAAUUGUACAAUCAUGGAAAAAAAUAUUAGACCACCCUUGUUUUAUUCAAGUUCUUGUUCAUUUUAAUAACUGGUACAACUAAAGCUACAUUCAUUUGGACAAAUAUAAUGAUA